UAUUAGACAUUGCAUUACAUUUACUAGUAAAUUAGUAGAUUAGUACCUUGGUGAACUCGAGAAUAUGAACGUUGCGACAUAAUUUUUGAUGAAAGCCUUUUUCUUGAAUAUAAUUUCCAAAUCAUUUGAGUUGAGUUUAGUAAUAUUAUGAUGUCGAUGGCAUCCAAGUGCGUGGAAAAUUGUAUUCGUACGAAAUUACAAAAUCGAUUCAAUCCAAAAGUGUUGCAACUAAUCAACGAGUCGUACAUGCACAAUGUACCAAAAGACUCAGAAACGCAUUUCAAAGUCGUUAUUGUAUCAGAUGAAUUCGAAGGCAUGCCCUUGAUCAAGAGACACCGUUUGGUAAACACAAUAUUGACGGACGAGCUCAAGUCCGGUGUACACGCUUUGUCAAUAGUGGCCAAAUCUCCAAACCAAUGGAAAGACGAACCGAUCGAAAGUAGUCCCAAUUGCCGAGGUGGUUUUGGGAAGUGAACUUUAUGAGUAUUAGAAUUCGGAGAGAAGAUUUACCUAUUACCAAGUGUCAUGGAUUAAAUCUUUAUAUUACAAUAAAUUAUAAUCUUGUUGGUGUUGUACAUAAUAUUAUACAUUUACACUAUGGACAUUUUGUCAAUUAGAUUGAUAAUACUUAAACAUCAAGCAAGCGUCAAUAUGUUCGCUUAUAUUUAUGUAAAAAUUAUUCAUUAAAUACCUACUUAAUAUAUAUAUUUUACGAGUAUUGGUUAUGUAAUAAUUAAAUAAUAAAAUACACAAAUAUAUCAAGCAUUA